CUUCAGAUCUUCUCUCCAGUCAGGUCAGUUCAGUGAGGACAUGAUCCCCACCGUGGGCUUCAACAUGAGGAAAGUAACGAAAGGCAACGUCACAAUAAAGAUAUGGGAUAUAGGCGGGCAGCCUCGGUUCCGGAGCAUGUGGGAGCGGUACUGCCGAGGGGUCAAUGCGAUCGUUUACAUGAUAGAUGCUGCAGAUCGUGAAAAGAUAGAAGCCUCGCGGAAUGAACUACAUAAUCUUCUAGAUAAACCACAGUUACAAGGAAUUCCAGUGCUAGUCCUUGGAAACAAGAGAGAUCUUCCUAAUGCCUUGGAUGAGAAACAGCUCAUUGAAAAAAUGAACCUGUCCGCUAUUCAGGACAGAGAAAUUUGCUGCUAUUCAAUUUCCUGCAAAGAGAAGGAUAAUAUAGAUAUCACACUUCAGUGGCUUAUUCAACAUUCAAAGUCUAGAAGAAGCUGAGAAGCGUCUCCUGAGUCUUCAGGUCCUCCUGGCUAUCAUCCCAGAAUUACUGUCCGUUCCUCUGAGCCCUUCCCGGAACAUGGUCCUUCCUACACCCAGAAACUGCCUUUUUCAGAGUUUAUUUCUCCUGUGCGCUGCUGAAGACGUGUGUCCCUCACCCUCCAUAAGAACCAGCUAGAGCUGUCCUGAUACAGUCAGCACACACAAGGCUUCUUACACAUACGCGUCUUAACCGUGUGUAGAGCUUUUUUAAAAAACAUACUUUUGACCAUCAAAUCAAGAAAAUCGCAUACUUCUUUCUGGGCCAGAUUUUUAUAUUGGUUUUCGGUAAAUGUCUCUCUGAUCUUUCAUUCUAAAGUCUGGUAGCUUAGCACAGACACUGACUUGAUACAGCAUGAAGUCCCAGUGCCACACACAGUAUUUAGAAAACCUUUAGCCUGACCCACGUGGGGUGUAGACGUGACGUUUACACGUCCCACAAAUGCAUGUGAAAUGUGUAGCUACACCCUAGGGAUUUAACACGGCCUGCAGAGACGGGCAGAGGCGCCAGAUCUGCGCUGCCGUGGUCCUGUACAUGGGGGUCCUCCGCGGAGGAUGUUUAGGACAUUCUGCUUGCUGAGAACUGCACCCCAGAGGGCAGCCGCCCGGGGGCUAAGGCAUGCUCUUCCGAAUCUGUCCAGAUCGUUACUUCUCUACUUUUUUUUUUUUUUGCUGGUUCAGCACACUUUUUUAAGGGGUUGGGAAUUGAAGAUUUUCUCAAAAGCUUUCAUGAAUUUAGAGCGUUCCAGCCGAUGUAAUAAAACGUGUUAAGAACGUCACACUUGUCCUUUCUCUCCAUCACUGUACCAGUGCAGCUGCUCCACACUUAGCUCCCAACUUUUAUAUCCAGUCAAACUUGACUUUCAGCACAAUAGACACAACAGGAGACUUUCAUUUCUCUCAUUGGUUUAAGGGUUGGCACCCUUGUGCCUGGUGCCACUAGACACCUUGAUUCUUGUGACAACUCUAGACCUGCCUGCUUCUCUAACGUAAUGGUGCGGGACGCCUGCAGGAAACUUAAAGGACCCUGUUUUGUAGCGUAGCGACCUCCAUGUCCCUACAGGGAUGUGCUGCUGCUGGUGCCCACAGGCCACUCGCGGGCGGAACCGGCUCGCCUGCUCCGUGGCCUCACACUGCGCGUGGCUUCUCAUCAGCAGUGCUCACGUGAACAGUGCAUCCCCCCGAGGGCGGGGCUGGUAGUGCCGUCAGCAGUAGGCCCUUUAAGGAAAACCGGUUUUAAUUGUAGCCUGCCACGGCCUUACCCACGUUUGGUAUGAGUACUGCGCUGUGGGCCCAGUGACACGGCUCAUUGUCUCCAGCCAUGUUUUUACAAGUAGAAUCUCUCUGCUUUCAAUCCUGUUUGAAGCAUGUUGCAUACUCCCUGCUGGGGCGGGCGGUUCUGUAAAUCGAGGGGCAGUUAAACUUGCUGCUGUGCGUCAACACCAGGAGCGGUCACUGAACCAUUGCAAAGUGGCAGUUUCCUUGUGCCUAAAAGGAGGCUUGGGGACGGGUGCGUGACUCAGGACCGCCUAGGCCCUGGACUGACCUGUAGCUGAACCUUAAUGUGUCUGUGUCCGUCCAUUGCUCUCAGCAUUUCAGGACAUGCAGACACUGCUACCAACAUUCACCUGUGUGUUAACCUGCAUGUGAAAACCUGACAGUUACUGAACUUUGUAAAUAGGUGACUUUUUUAUUUAGGUGGAUGCGCCUUUCGUCUGUUUACCACUCUUCUCAGCUUUAUUCAAUAAACUUGCAUUUUGAGGGUUGUGUUGACAAUUUUAACUUAAACUGUGCUUCAUGCUGGAAGGUGCUGACUUUUGGGGGAGGGAUGACCAGGUGAUUCCUGUGAGCGGGGUCCACAGAUCGUGUGCAGGAGAGAGACUAGCUGAGCUCUCAAAGAACUGGCCUGUGGGCUAAAGGAGAAAUAAACUGUUACAUGUCCCCACAA